CUGUCUGUGUUUGCAGGGGCGGCGUGAGAUUUCUCUGAAGCCCGGACGGUACCAUGACUGUGGCAUCGCUGAGGUGUUUGUAAAAACUAUCUGGGCUAUAAUGUCGGAGAGACUUCUCCCAGCCUCGCCAAACUGGUACUGCUCCCGGUCCAGCGACACCAGUCCUAAAGGAGUUUUUGGGUUUGGAGCAAAAAGUUCGGUUUACUUGGUGAAGAUCACUGCAGCGUGUCCCGUCAUAGCCGGUGAGCUUAAAGGCCACAGAGAACGCGUCUCUGGUUUUGCGUUCUGCCGCUAUCCCGGUCAAGAGGAGAUCUGUGCAAGCAGCUCUGAUGAUGGGUGUGUGAAAAUCUGGGACUCUCAGAAACAAGCCACAUUGAAAGAACACAAAGCACACCAGAGCACCAUCACAUCCCUGCACUGGUCCCCGGUUGUGAAAGACUUGCUGGUGUCCGGUGAUGAGAAGGGCAUCGUUGUGUGUUUCUGGCACAACAGGAAUGAUACCCAGAGCUUCUUCCCCGAACCGCGAACCAUCUUCUGCUUAUCCUGCUCUCCUCACAAUGAGAACUACAUUGCAGUGGGGUACAAAGAUGGGAUGAUUGUUGUGAUUGAUAUCAGCAAAAAAAGUGAGGUGCUUCACAGACUGAGAGGCCACGAUGAUGAAAUCCACGCCCUGGCCUGGUGCCCUCAGCCAGGCGAGGAAGAGCUGCUCCCUCGAGCAGAGGAAACGGCAGAAGCUGAAGUGGUGAAUGGAAGGCAGGUGCCAGAUGGGGAGAGAGGCUGCUACCUGGCAUCGGGCAGUAAGGACCAGACUGUGCGGGUGUGGAGCACAGCGAGGGGGAAAGGUGUGAUGACUCUGAAGUUACCGUUCCUCAAGAGGAGGGGGCUGGGGGUGGACCCCACUGUGAAGGAGAGGCUGUGGCUGACGGUGCACUGGCCUCACACCCGGCCAACAGAAAUCAUAUCCAGCUGCUUUGGAGGAGAGCUGGUGGUGUGGGAUCUCACCAGAUCUGGCAAACAGAAAUGGGCUCUGCUGGGCUCCUCGUCGGAGGGACAGAAUCACACUCGCAUCGUCUUCAACAUGAGCUCCGUGUGCAUGGGGGAGAGCAGGGAGCUCCUCAUCAGCACCUCCAUGGACAGAGAUGUGAAGUGCUGGGACCUGGAAACCCUGGACUGCUGUUGGACCCUGCCCUCCCUGGGUGGGUUUGUGUACAGUCUGACCUUCUCCCCUGUAGAUACCGGCUGUCUGGCCCUUGGGGUCGGGGACAACAUGAUCCGGGUUUGGAGCACUCUGUCCAUCCAGAACCGAUACGACACCAAGACGUUCUGGCAAGGGAUCAAGUCCAAAGUGACCGCUUUAUCCUGGCACCCGCUGAAAGAAGGUCAUUUGGCAUUUGGAACUGAUGACGGCAAAGUUGGCAUUUAUGACUCGUACUCUAAUAAGCCUCCUCAGAUAUCCAGCUCCUAUCACAGAAAGACCGUGUAUACUCUGGCCUGGGGUCCUCCAGUACCCCCCCUUUCCUUUGGAGGGGAGGGGGACAGACCCACUGUGACGCUGUACAGCUGUGCUGGGGAGGGAGUGAUCCUGCAGCAUAACCCCUGGAAGCUGGCUGGAGAAGCCAACGACAUCGAUAAGAUCAUCCGGGACACCAACGGCAUCAAGCACAAGUUGUCACCUCACACAGAUCUCAGCUGGAAACCAGAUGGCAAAAUCCUAGCGAUUGGGAAUGAGGACGGAUCAAUAGAAAUCCUUCAGGCUCCAGCUCUGAGGCUGCUGUGCUCCAUCCAGCAGCAUCACAAGAUCAUCAAUGUGCUUCGCUGGCACCAUGAGCACGGCAGCCAGCCCGAUGCCAGUCACCUGCUAGCUUCCGGGUCCAACAAUGCCACUGUGUACGUGCACAACCUGAAGAGUGCCAUCGAGACCCCAUCAGACACUCCUGUUCUGGUGACGGAACCCUACCGGAGUCUUGUGGGACACACGGCGAAGAUAACCAGCCUGGCGUGGAGCCCUCAUCACGAUGGCAGACUGGUCUCGGUGUGCUACGAUGGCACCGCGCAGGUGUGGGACGUCCUGAAGGAAGAAGCGAUCUGUAACUACAGAGGCCACAAGGGGAGGCUGCUGUGCGUGCAGUGGUCUCCUGUCGACCCUGACCUAGUCUGGACUGGAGGGGACGACUUCACUGUCCAGGAAUGGGCUGUCUCCAAGCAGGAACACACAAAGCCUCCGAAGGGAAAGAAAAGCAUAGAGCUGGAGAAGAAGAGGGGUCUUCAGCCAAAGCCAAAGGCUAAGAAGAAGAAGAAGCCAGCUGACAAGGGGCCCGGCAAGCAGGACGUGGCUGGAGAUGAGGGAGGCAGAGGGGCUGAGGAGGGGGCUUCAGAGCAGGAGCAGGAGCAGGAGGACGUACCAGUCAAGACUGAACACACCCUGAACACAGCAGCUGUGUCUAAAGAGCCCAGAUGUCGGCAGACAGAUGCAGUAGUUUCAGAAAAAAACAGGAAUGGUGGAAAGGGCUUUUCUUUUGUGGCAAGGGAAUCUCUAAAGGAUGAGAAACAGAGAGAAAAGCAAGCUGAAGCUCCAGUGAAGAAGAAGAAGCCUCGCUCGAUCCUGCCUCUCAGCACCUCCAUGGAUCACAGGUCUAGGGAAGAUCAGCAUAGAGACUGCUUGACUCUAGCGGCUGUUCGACAUUCCCAAGUACUGCCCAGUGACUGUGUGCCUGGAUCAGGGGCGCACAUACAGCUAGGCCUGUUCGGAGACAGAGCUGCGCUCUACACAAUGUUUGAGGAGGAAGGAAGGAGCCACAUAGAAGGCGGUCAUUACGAGUCUUUGAACUCCCUGCUGCUGUGGAAAGGAGAUCUUGCAGGCGCUCUGCAGAUAGCGAUUGAGAGGGGAGAGUUAACAGAGCACUUGGUAGCUGUAUCGCCAAUGGCCGGCUAUCAGGUGUGGGUACGGGCAGUGGAAGCCUUUGUGAAGCAGCUGUGUUUUCAAGAGCAGUACGUCAAGGCAGCCUCCUACCUCCUCUCUGUCCACAAGGUCUACGAGGCCAUUGAUCUUCUGAAAUCCCAGCAGCUCUACAGGGAAGCCAUAGCAUUGGCCAAGGCUAGACUGCUUCCUGAAGACCCUGUGAUAAAGAACCUCUACACCACAUGGGCAGCUAUAUUGGAAAGGGACGGGCACUACUCCAACGCAGCCAAGUGUUAUCUAGCUGCUGACUCCACCUAUGAUGCUGCCAAGGUAAUCUCCAAGAAGGGGGAUGUGAUGUCACUGAAGACGGCUGCAGAACUGGCCCUGAUCGCCGGAGAGAAUGCCCUGUCUAACUCACUAGCCUUGAGAUGCGCCAGAGAGCUACUGACUGCUCAGGACUGGGUGGGAGCCCGGGAGGUUCUCCAGGCACAAGAGAGCUUGCUGGGUCACCAGCUUGUGUUCUGCACCAAUGAAUUGCUGCACCAGUGCCUUGCUGGAGCCAGGCUGAUCGAUUGGAGCAGUGCCUCCUCUCAUGGCUGGACUGUGGGCUCGGGGGUCCCCUUCGUGGAUGCAGUGGCUGUGGUGUGGGAGAGGGAGUUUGGUGUCUCCAGCGCUGAUGUGGAUAAAGUGAGGCUGCUGCAUCAGCAAGUGAAAUCUGUAGAGAAUCCUGCAGCUACUGCAAACAUACCCAUUAAACAGCUCUUGCUCCAUUUGUCCCAUGACUUGACGCUGGCAGUGCUGAGCUCUGUGGCAGUGGCUCGGGCUGAGACAGUGACAGCGAUGCUGGGGGCCCUCGCCCGCUGCAGAGAUGCCACGCAUUUCACCCUGAUGAGAGAGCUCUGCAGGCUGCUGCUGCCGAAAGGUAUGCAAUCCGUCUCCAGCCUCAAAGCACAGCUAGACCCCACUGACACCCACAGCAUUGCGGUGGUUCAAAGCCUAGAGGCCUUUGUGUGCUACUUCCAGUUGUACGAAAUGUGGUGGAGUCAAAGUAAUGAGCGUUCUUCUGAAACGCAGACUGAGAAAGCAGCUCUCCCUCAGCCCAGUGUUGCAGGACUUCAACACGAUGCGCAGAAUCCCUCAGAGCCUGCUGCUGUCAAUGGGACCGAACCUCAGAACAAAGCAGAUGAGGAGCAGGGUGCGAUUCCCACAGAGGAAGGUUCAGAUACCGUGGAGAAGGAGCCGUGCCACUCGCAAGAGGCAGUGCUGACGUCCACCUGCGCGGUCCUCAUUUCAGAGACUCACGCGGCUCUGCAGACCACGCGGAGCGUCAUUGAGGAGAUACAGCUCAGGCUGUCCAGCAUGAUGCACCAGCAUCUCCGGGCAGCAGCAACAUCUGAAGAGCAGCAGAUUCACUCCCAGACUCUACCAGAGUCUGAGAGUGAACAUGAAGCAACAGCAGCCAGUCAGCCUGGAGCAAGUACCGCAGAAUCAACGUCUUUGACUUCCUUAAUUGCUUUGGUUUCUGAGCAUAACAAACAGCUGGCUGAAAUUCCAGAACACAUCAAGAUGUACCCGUUCCCUGAUGUUAUCGAAUGCUGCCUCGUCAUCCUCCACAUGGGAAGGGACUCUGCGCUUCCCGAGGACCUUCAGCAGCAGUGCUUAGCUCUGCUUCACAAAUACGGAACCACAGCCUCUGUGAUAAAAGCCUGUCACAAAUUCUGUGGGUGAAAGCAUUUCAUAUGUGGGGGCUGCUUUGCACUGUUCACACUGACGAGACCCUUGGGAAGUGUCAUGUUGUUUUUGAUUCUAGGUUAUUUAGUUCAUUAUACAAUUAACAGUAACAUAAUGGGGACUGCCCCACACAGCACACUCUUUUUGUAUCUUGUAAAGAAUAAAAAGCACUUGAAUAAA